AUGGCGAUCGAAGUGGUCCCUUUGACUGAGGCUGAUAUUCCUGGUGCGAUUCACGUGAUCCAGCAGGCUUUCGCUGAUGACCCUUACUUCAAAUGGGUUUUUGAUGCAUCUACGUUCAACAAGCGGAGAAACUAUGAUUCACUUGCAGCUCGGUGCCAGUGGGGUAUCAAAAAUGCCAUAUUUCAGGUAGCGAGGGAGAAGAAAGAUUUGACGAAAGAUGAUGGUAAUUCACCAACAUCGCCAUCUCCCGUUCUGGGUGUCUCUUGCUGGUUACCACCUCUCCCACCUACUCAACCAGAAACCUGGUCCUCUUGGAUGCAAGGUUGGAUUUUAUUAUUCAAUCAACUCAUCACCAAUAUUCGCUAUCUAGGACAUGGUGGCCUCCGCACAAACAGAUAUUGGAUCUGGAAGCAGCAGCAACAGAAAGCGCAGACGGAGAUAUGGGAUGAUCCCCGUGGGUAUUACUUCUGCAACAUCGUGGCUGUUAGUCCCGAGGCACAAGGAAAAGGUGUGGGCCGGCUUCUAUUCGAGGCUGUUACCAAGAUCGCAGAUACCGAGGGAGUGAAAUGCUACCUAGAGAGCUCGAAGAACGAGCCCAAUGUUCAAAUUUACGAGCGCAUGGGGUUUGAGAUGAGUAGGACGAUGGAGUGUCGGGAUGGAGAUGAUGCUUGCAUGUUGUACUGUAUGAUGCGCAACCCCAAGACCGAGUAA